AUGGUUGAAAAUAUAUAUAAUUUAUCACCAUUAGAUGAUGUUGGACAUGGUACACAUGUUGCUUAUACAGCUGCUGGUUCUUAUGUUAAUAAUUUGGAAUAUUAUGGUCUUAAUAUGGGGACAGUAGGUUGGAUGGAUGAUAAAGGUGAAUCAUAUUUUGGUGGUGUUGAUAUUCUUGCUGGUAUUGAUGAUGCAAUAAAAGAUGGUGUUGAUGUAUUAUCAGCAUCAUUUGGUGGUGAUCUAAUUGAUUUUUCUGAAGUUGAUACAACAUCUCAUGGUAUACCUUUUGUUGUUGCUCGAGGAAAUGAUGGACCUGACUCUUAUACAGUUAGUCCUACUUCUCCAUGGAUCAUACUUGUUGCUGCUAGUAAUGAAGAUAGAGAAAUUGUUACUCCAAUAACACUUGCCAACAACAACACAAUACUAGGUAAGGGGAUUUUCCAAGGGAAGGAGCAAGGGUUUGCUUCUUUGAUCACUUUUAGAAAUAUAACAAGUGCUGAAGAUAUUAAAUCUUUAAAUGUUGAGGAAGUGAAAGGAAAAGUUUUAAUGCUUUUCCUUCAAAAGGAAGAUGAUGUAAACCCAUCUUUGAAGGCUUUAAAUACUAGUGGGAUAUUGGCUUUUAUUGCUGCUACUAACCCUCUUAUUGGAAUAUAUGACUACAAUCAAACUAGCGGUGUCUCUAUACCAUUUGUUUAUGUUGAUUUUGAGCAAGGAAAUCAAAUAUUUGAUUAUUUUCAACAAUGUAAAUCGAGUAAUAUAGAUUCUAAGAUUAAAAUCAGUCGAUCUGAAGUUCUUGAGGGCCAGAAAGUAAUCUUAAAGGUGCCUAAGUUCUCAUCAAGAGGUCCAAGCUCACUUACGCCUGAUAUUUUGAAGCCGGAUAUUGCAGCUCCUGGUGUAAAUAUACUUGCAGCAUUUCCUCGUGAUAAUGGAUUUAUAAUGUAUUCUGGAACAUCAAUGGCAGCUCCUCAUGUUUCUGGAAUUAUUGCACUCCUUAAAGUUGCACAUCCUACUUGGUCACCCGCGGCUAUUAAAUCCGCUCUUGUAACUACGGCGUGGAAUGAAGACACAUAUGGAUCUGAAAUAUUUUCAGAAGGAGUAGGAGAUAAAAUUGCUGAUCCAUUUGAUUUUGGAGGUGGCAUUUGUAAUCCAAAUGGAGCUAUGGAUCCUGGGUUAAUAUAUGAUAUGGAUAACAAUGAUUAUUUGAAUUAUGUUUGCAGUUUGGGUUAUAGUAAUGAAAAGGUACGGAAUGCGAGUACGUAUUUUUUCGGUACGAAUAAUUCAACAACAAGAGGAAUUAUAUGUCCAAGUAAAGUACCUUCAAGGUUGGAUUUAAAUCUCCCUUCAAUAGCCAUUCCAAAUCUUAAGAAUUCAGUUACUAUUCGAAGAACUGUUACUAAUGUUGGAGAUGUCAACUCCAUAUAUAAAUUAGUGGUUAAAUCUCCAAGAAAUAGUGUAAUUAAAGUGAGUCCAGAUGUAUUGAAGUUUGAUUCCAACACAAAGAAGAUAUCAUUUGAGGUCAAAAUCAUAUCCACAUAUCAAAGGAAGAGUAAAUUUAACUUUGGAAGUUUGGCAAACAUUAUGUUAUAA